AUGGGCUCGUUGUUCUCGUACGCUGGAUUCAAGAUACCUUCUCAAUGGCACAGCCCUCUCAUAGCCGCGCUAAUCAUGGCGCAUAGGUUGUUGCAAGCGAUUGCUUCCCCCCUCAUUGGAAGGCUCUCUGACCGAUACGGCCGACGUACCGCCCUACUGACGUCCAUGUGCGGAAACGUGCUUUCGGUGCUCCUUUGGGUUGCGGCCAUUGACUUCCGCACCUUUGUCGCAAGCCGCAUUGUUGGAGGCCUAUCUGAGGGAAAUGUCCAGCUAGCAACUGCCAUGGCAAGUGACAUCUCAGACGAGUCGACUAGAGGGUCCACCAUGGCGGUAAUUGGAGCUUGCUUCUCCAUUGCCUUCACAUUCGGACCUGGAUUGGGUGCUUGGCUAAGCACGAAAUCUCACGUCGCUGCAAACCCGUUUGCAGCCGCUGCCUCUUUUAGCUUGGCUCUCAUUGUAGCCGAAACGAUAUAUCUAUACUUUUGUUUACCGGAAACUCUGCCAUCUCUUAUUGAAAACUCUGCCAAGUCUGACAAGAGCACGGAGAAGACGAAGGCCAAACCAGCGGCGAGAACAAAUUCCCACUUUGUCCUCAAUGCAGUUCAUUUCUUCUUUCUUCUAUUCUUCUCUGGAAUGGAAAGUUCGCUGUCAUUCAUGACUUAUGAACUGUUUGAGUUCACUUCUGGUAAAAAUGGGAGAUUGCUGGGGUAUAUUGGUCUUGUUGCAUCCAUUCUCCAAGGCGGAGUGACGCGUCGACUCCCCCCGUUGCUCUCCGUAAGAAUCGGCGUUUUUUCGUGCUUGGCUGCCUUCUUCCUCCUAGGAAGAGUCGGUGGUAUUGGUGGCUUGUAUGCUGCGGCGACGUGUCUUGCAAUGACAUCGGCGACGGUGGUGACUGGACUAAACGCGCUAAGCAGCUUCGAGGCCAGUGAAGACGAACGUGGGGGAAAGCUAGGCAUUCUGAGAAGUUGGGGACAAUUGGGACGUGGACUUGGGCCGAUACUGUUUACAAGCGUGUACUGGUGGGCAGGUCGAGAAUAUGCGUACAACAUGGGAGCUACCGGUAUCGCUGUGGUUUCAGCUGCGGCCAUGAUGGGCCUCGAGACGCCUAGAGGAUCUAUAAAGGGCAAGGUAGAUAGAGAGACUAACGGCAAGGAUCAGGAAUGA